AUGGCCAUAACCGAUCCCGCCACCGGCCUCCCUCUCCCCGACUCCGCAAUUCAACGCGUCCUCUUCGCGCACACUCCCGUCCACAUCUACGGCAUUCCCCCUCUCACCUCCAAUGCAGGAUUCUCAGCUUCCACCUGGACCUCCCCGACGCGGCCCACAGCCCAACACAUCUUCACCGCUCGACUGCGAAUUCUCGAAACCUCCAUUUCUUCCUCCGACCAACAACAACAACAAGGAAAGCUCAAAUGCGAUCUCGUGCUCGAAGACCCCAACACGGGAGAUCUAUUCGCCGCGGCACCAUAUACGACACCCGCGGUCGUGCAGCAAGCGAAUGACAGUUCUCGAUUUUUCGCAGUGCGAGUCGCGGGAGAAGGAGGGAUGAAGGCGACUUUGGGAAUGGGAUUUGAGGAUCGCAGUCCUGCGUUUGAUUUUGGGAUUGCGCUGACCGAGGCGAGGAAAGUGUUGGGGAUGGAAACACAGAACUCGGGGAGUACUGGAGCGGGGAGAGGUGCGCAAUUGUUGCAGAAACAGAGAGAGGCAGAUUCGAAGAAAGAUUUCAGUUUGAAGGAGGGAGAGAAGAUUGUUGUGAAUGUACCGGGGAGAAGGCAAAGACCUGCUGCGGAUGCUGGGCUAUCAGGGAGUAGUGGGAGUGAUACUGCCGCAUUGUUUAGUAUUGCUCCACCACCUCCUGCUGCUGCCGCACCGUCGAGUACUUUGCAGAUGGAGGGUCAGAGUGCGACGCCGGAAAGCACUGUGGAUGGCAAAACGGCACAAGAGCUUGGAUUUGACGACGGAGAGUUUGGGGAGUUUCAGUGAAAUACCCACGUCUCUUUGACUGAUCCCAUUGGCAUGGGCGUGCGGUGGAGCAGGCUAUGAUGGUGAUGUCAACACAACAUGAUUGAAAAGGUGGAGAAGGUGAGGUGGCUUUAUGAAGCCUUCCAUGCUUUGAAUAUCUUAUUUACAGUACAGUGAUACCCCUAUACAGCGAUAUGCUACGUUGGCCGUAGGAGGACGAGUAAGAGUCCCAUGAUAGCGAAGCCAGAUGCAGCUCCUUGGAGGGCAAUGUUGGUGAUGUCGACUUUGCGCAUCUGAACCACUCGUUCGGAGAACAGGUCGCUGAGGGUGUCUUGCCAAAUCUCGAAGGUAGGCCUGUCCACUCCAUUCGUAUCUCUCUUGGAGUCGUACACGGCCUCGGGCUUGCUUUGCGCCAUCUCUUCUGGGACGCUGGGAACCGUGCCAACAGCUUCCGGGGUCUCUGCGGGAAGCACCUCUCCAGGUCUCAUAGAAUCAGCAGCAGUUGUCGCAGCUUUCUCUGAACUCGCACCGAUGCUGGCCGGCGACACAUUUGUGUUCAGCAGCAUGUCAUUUUCAGACGCCUGCUUGUCGAGCUCUGCUUCUCCCGUUUGAGUUGCACGGUCCUCUGUCUGGAAAUGCACAAUGUGCUUCUUCUCCAACAGCCCUUCCAUUCCCCUGAUGAUCUUAUCCCUUCUCCAAGGUUCGAAAACCACAAUAUUGGCGAGCAGUAGUAUGAUAUUGAAUCCCAUCAGCCCAAAUGUCAGCCAUGUAGAGUUCCUUCUGAUCAUGUUGUUCCACACCUGUUCUUCAUGAUACUGUUUCCUCUCCAACCGUUCCAGCAGAGCCCUACCUUCCUCGAGACGUUGUUCAGCCGUCUCCAGCCCUUCCUUCGCCUGAGUCACGCUCUGCUCGUUCAGGUGCUCCGAUCUGACCAGAGACAUGUAUCGUUCCAAAUCCGAGGGACUCCAUGAGCUUUUCCGCUCCAGCAGACCGACAAUCUCUCGCUGCGCAGUCGCUUGAGCAGCGUAGGCCUCGUUCAAGGUAGUGCGCGCGGAGGUGAGAUCUUGACUCCUCUGCCGUACGGUCUGUUCCUGCUUGGAUAUCUCUUGGCGGAGAGCUUCGAUGCCGGUGUAGUCAGUUCCGGUAUACUGAUUCACCUGUUGGGAGAUCGUGUUGGCUUUCACGAGGAGAUCGUCGAGCAGUUUGAGAGCACGUUUCUGGAGAUCCGAGCGUUUGGAUUCGGCGUGCGAGGGCAACCGUUUUGAUGUUUCGGCAGCUGUCGCAGGCACUGCAGCUGCAGCUGAUACUGGCAAUGGUAGUUGUGGUUCGGUGCCAUGUGUCGUUGGUUCGGUGUCCUGCUGCGACUGACUCCGAGUCUCUGCCUCGAGUUUGCGCCGCUCUGCCUCCUGCUCGUCGCGUAAUCGUUUCGCCCUUGACUCAGCAAUCUGUCGCGCCUCUUCCUCCUUGCGAACACGAUCCGCAUUCUCUUCCUGGAUCCGCCGCAGUCGCUCUUCUGUUCUAUCGUCUCGCCUCCAUAAUGUACUCGAGAAGUCGCGCUGCCAGAUCGGUGUGGUCCUCCUUUUGACUAUGCUAGUCCGCAUACGGCAGCCCGCACAAGUCCAUUGUGUGUUGGAGCUCCAUCUCGCUGUCACCGUCGCUAGCCGGGCCAGCGGCCUCGUCGAUACGCUCAUGU